AUGUACAAUUUACAAAAAAAUUUAAACACAUACCCUGCAAAAGUGGAUGAAAUAGAUAGCCCUAAAGAGGCAAUUGGAACGUUUACUGUUUCAAAAAGCGUUCGAAUUUCUGAUGAAACCUUUUACUUCGGAUCAACGCAGUCAGAGAGUGUUAGUAAAGGUCUGACAUCGGGAAAAGAGUCUCCAGAUUCAACUUAUUUUUCAAGUGUCACAUCUGAUACUUGUGAAGGUGGGGAAAGUGGUAAGAUAGGUACUGUUUCGGUGGAUAAAGAACAAAAUGAAUUUGAACGCGAUCGUUCCUUGAAUGUAUUAUCUCUUCCUGCACUUAGGAUAGCCCAUACUCGGACCCAAAGUGAUUCUUUAUUUAUAUCUUCCAAUGUGACAAGUCAAAUUGAUACCUCUUCUCCAAUAACUCAUAAGCACCGUCUGGCAUCUGAAAACAGUGCUCCAAUUCUCAAGGCAGCUGAACUCCAUCACAAUUUAUUGAAUCUUCGAUUACAUUUAAAUGGUCUUUAUGCAGAACGACAUAAGCUUCAAAAAGAACUUGAUGCCACUCUUAUGCAACCCCCGAAUAGGCAGCAUCUACUUGAAUUACGCGAGAAAUUUGCUCAGGAAUCCGAGAAAACAUCCCACCUUCUUCGUCUCGCAGUUAAAGCCAAACAGGAUGCUCUGAACCCCGAAUCACUGGACGACAUAGCUAAUCUCGUAAAGAGAUAUCAGGAGAGAAGGCAAGAAGUCGUUGAUCAGCGAAUUAAAUCACUUGAGGAGCAAGUGGAAAUUCUUAAACAAAGUAACGUAAGCAAGAUAUUUUUAUACAACUUACUUAUUAAAACGUGA